UUUUCUUUUCUCUCUUAAUGGUAAAAGAACAAUUUACAGAACAUAAAUAAUACUUUGACACAAAUUUUAACAUUCAUUUAACAAUAUUUCUUUUAAUUCUUUUUUUUCUUUCAAAGAACUAUCAACAUUUUCACGUUGAAGGCUUUCCAUAUAAACCCAACCAUUUCAUCAUCUGCAUGUGGUUUUUCCUUCCUGUAUAAGCACGAUUCUUGAUCAUCAUCUUUUCUGGUCUGUUAUUUUCUCAACUUUUUCUCUUCUCCUUCCUUUUCAAUUCAAGAAAAUAUAUCUAACUGGCUAUGUGUGAGCCAUAUUCAGCCUAAUUAUACUAACUCAUCUCACACCAUCUUUCAGAUCUUUCUCUUGCACAAUAUAUACAAGAUUCAUGGAAGAUUCACCCUCAGCAGCUUAUAUCCACCAGGUGCACCGUCUGAUAGAAGAGUGUAUUCUAUUCAACAUGAAUCAAGAAGAAUGCAAGGAAGCUCUUUUCAAACAUGCAAAUAUCAAACCAGUUAUUACCUCUACAGUGUGGAAAGAGUUAGAGAAGGAAAACAGGGAGUUCUUUGAUGCCUAUUCGAAGGGCCAAAAGGAAGAAAGUUCACAGACACAGAAGAGGGAAAAGAUACUAAACAUGGUUUCAGCAUCAAAAAAUUCGUCAAACGACAAGUUUAGGGUUUAAACGGAGCAACCUUAGUUGUGGAAUGAACUAAACAGCAUCUAACGACAAGUUUAGGGUUCAAACGGAGCAACCUUGUGUCUCAUAUGAUCUGAGAUUGUUACUUUGCUUUUAUGUAUGCAAAAGUAAAAGAAUUGUUUAAAUAAUUAAAAUUGUAAAAUAAUAUCUUCCCAAGAAAUAAG